AUGUGCACAGGCGCGGCGAACGCUGGGCCAAGCCUUUCUGCUCUCACCGCCAUCUCCGCCGUCGCCAGCAGCCAUGAAGGGCUUUACCAAGGCCAUCAAGCGGUGCAAUCCAAUGAUCCGGAGUUUGAAGAUUACCAUCGCAGCUUCACGAUCCUAGAGAAGGCCGCGGAGUCGAUGUUGAAGGACAUCAAGUCCUUCACGGACUCUGUCACUAAGCUCUUUACCUCCGGCUCCGAGUUCGCGCAACACUUCGCCAUCAUCUUCAGUCCCAUCUCGAGCGAGUUCGAUUUGAACACCAAGCACCCCGAGGCUGCGCAUACGCUCAACAAUGUCCACAACUACGAGAACGCCAUGGCUGAGCUGCAGCAGAGCGUAGCACCUGAGCUCGAACUCAUCGAGAGCAGGAUUGUCGGGCCGGUCAAGGAGCUGCAGGCCGUCAUGAAGAUGAUCAGGAAGACUAUCGUAAAGCGGGAGCAUAAGCUCAUGGAUUAUGAUCGUCAUAAUAACUCGUUGAUGAAGCUGCGGGAUAAGAAGGAGAAGUCUCUAAGCGACGAGAAGAACCUGUUCAAGCUCGAGCAAGAGUUCGAGGUCGCGACGAACGAGUAUGAUUACAUUAACACAGCCUUGAAGAACGACCUCCCACGCUUUAUGACCCUCUCCACCCAAUUCGUCGACCCGCUGUGGCACUCGUUCUUCUACAUGCAGUUGCAGAUCUACUACCUCAUCCUCGAGAAGAUCACUUCCUUUGCCGAGGAGGCUAAGUACGACAUUAGCAACGUCCCAGGCCAGCAGAUCCAGGCAGAAUACGAAGAGAAGCGCUCGAACGCAUGGGAAGUCAUCGAGGAGCUCGGCAUCAUCAAGCGCAUCGUCUCAGUCUCCCGCCUCGUCCAACAAAGCCGCGGCGAGGGCGGCGUCAGCCGCACGGUUUCCGCCUCCUCUGGCGGCUCCAGCUUCUCCAAAGGCCCCCCACCCGGCCGCAGCGUCUCCGCCGGCGCCGCCUUCAAGAAAGCGCCCCCUCCCCCGCCAGGCACGAAGCCCGGCGCCGCCGCCCCGCCACCACCCUACUCGCCCUCCCCCGCCGCCGCGUCCUCCACGAGCGUCGCGUCGAAGAAAGCGCCCCCGCCCCCGCCGCCGCUCAAGCCGAAGCCGAAGCCCGCGGCGCCGGCGGUGCAGUACGUGACGGCGCUGUACGAUUUCGAUGCGCAGGCGGAGGGGGAUCUGUCCUUCAAGGCCGGGGACCGAAUAGAGGUGGUGGAGAGGACGGAGAAUGCGGAGGAUUGGUGGACGGGGAGGUUGAAUGGACAGCAAGGGGUCUUCCCGGGCAACUACGUACAGACGUCUUGAGGGAUGAGAAGGUCAGUAGGGACGAGCGAUUCUGGACGUCGCUCGUGAGGGUGGAAAGGGAAAUCAGGAGGCAUGUCGCGGGCGAGGGCAUUGAAGCUCGCAAGUGGAAGGUAUACAUAUAUUGGCCGGUGUAGUCAGGAUACCAGGACGCUCGCAAGAGUGCGCUGUGUAAGUUAUAUCGAAGGAGUGGUUCUGAUUCCGAGAGGCGAGAGUACUAGUUGCGUGUGCCAUAUAGAAUCUAACAGUAAGUGUGCGGACGACGAGCAGACGACCAGGC